AUUGUAGAAUAUUGAAUUUUGUCCAAAAGGAAGUUUUUCCUCGACCCCCCGUUUAUCUCUCUCCUUCUCGACCCCUUCUUGAAUUCAUCCCCAUUCUUUAUUUGUAUGUCACUCAAACAUUUCGUUCUCUCUUUUUCGAUUUUUCUGAACACAGUUGUUCUUCGGCACUUUGCAAUCGGAUAACCCUAUUCUUUAUACGGAAACGAGCUCAACGUGAAAAUUCAUAUAUUGUAUCAUGGAAUAAAGAUUAAAUUUUUGGAGAAUACAAUCGCCAGACGUGUGGGAUUAAUAACUUCAACUAUGAUACUUAGAGCGGGUUAUGAAGCAGCAAGUUUCCCUUUUGUCAUCUUAGCAUGGUCACAUUCAUGAGCAGUGUUUUAUACACUUCCAAUUUUAUAAGAUGGGUUUUGGACGUUUGUGCAGCUGCUAGCUUCACCUGGGAAGGCUGUGAUCAUUACCCACUACUUUACAAGGAAAAGUACUGCUUUGAUUCACAAUACAGAUUUCUCUAUAUCAUCUCCAUUGAAUUGGAGGGAUUCACCUUGGUUGGAGUGGUAAUGGGGGCUUUUAUGUCAAGAUUUUGGUUUAUGUUAUUCCCAGCUAAGGAGUAUAAGAUUGUGAUUGUUGGUCUAGAUAAUGCUGGAAAGACAACUACCCUUUAUAAAUUACACUUGGGGGAUGUGGUUUCAACUCACCCUACGGUGGGCAGCAAUGUCGAGGAGCUUGUCUACAAAAAUAUUCGAUUUGAGGUUUGGGAUUUGGGUGGGCAGGAUAGACUGAGGACGUCAUGGACCACAUAUUAUCGAGGAACACAUGCUGUCAUUGUGGUGAUUGACAGCACAGAUAGGGCCAGGAUUUCGAUCAUGAAAGAUGAGCUCUUCAGAUUGCUUCCUAACGAGGAUCUGCAACAAACUGUUGUGCUGGUCUUUGCCAAUAAACAGGAUCUGAAGGAUGCCAUGACUCCUGCAGAGAUUACUGAUGCUCUAUCCCUCCACAGCAUAAAGAAUCACGAUUGGCAUAUCCAAGCUUGCUCUGCCCUAACCGGUGAUGGGUUGUAUGAUGGAUUGGGAUGGAUUGCCCAGCGGGUUGCUGGGAAAGCUACGAGUUAAUUCGACCUCAGAUGUGCUGUUGUUUGUUAACCCUCUUUUUUUGUUAAUUAUUAUCAUACAGGUGCAUAUGUACUGUUUGUUCUUGUAAUAAGUUUACAUCAGAACAAGAUAGAUUGCUUACGAAGUUGGAGUUUCCUUAAAAUAUCUGUUGCUUUCUGUAUGAGAUCUCUCCUAGACUGCACUUGAUUAAUGGUUCAAUUUUUUGGGAGGACGAGAUAUAGGGGUGAAUACAACAGAACUACUUAUAUUGUUUUGUGCAACAGUUGCCGUCAGUUGUUGGAUGGCGGUUGCUGAUGUGUUUCAACGUAUGUCGAUAGUGUAUCUUGUACUCGAACAUAUUUGAAAAGCACGUGAAUUGUGUUGAUUGAAUUGUGUUGAUUGUUUUCCUCUAA